UCACUUAUUUUGUAAAUUGUUAAGUUUUCUAUUUCUAGUGAAAGCUGAAAUGGAUUUUUUUUUCUUCUUUUUCUCGGCUUCUAACGUUUCCAAUUUUGUAGCUUCCCAUUUUGAAAAUUUAAAUAAAUUUGUUAGAACCAGAGAUUCUAACAAAAAUUUUCUAUGAUUAUUUAAAAUUUCUCCAUUAUCAAUGGGAAUCCGAAAUAAUCUCACCACGUCGUUUCUCUGAAUUUUGCCACAACUAAAGUAGCAACAUUUGUUUCCAGACAU